GUGUGGAGUUGCAAAAGCAAAGCAAAGAAGAAUCAUUUCACUCCAGUUGAUCUGACUUGAACACGCCGCAUUUCUCACAAAAUAGCCAUUUCUCAAUUAAAAAUUGUUAAUAUUUUGCAUUCUUAGACUGUAAAAAGUGUAUUAAUUUGCAAGAAAAAUGCCAAAAUUCACAGUGAAAGUAAAAUGGGGCAAGGAACUAUUUCCAAACAUCACGGUGGACACGGAUGAGGAACCCCUAGUUUUUAAGGCUCAGCUGUUUGCGCUGACUGGAGUGGCACCCGAUAGGCAGAAGGUGAUGUGCAAAGGGGCCACUCUGAAGGAUGAAUGGAAUGUAAAGUUAACAAAUGGCAUGACAAUCCUCAUGAUGGGCUCCAAGGAGGAAGUUCCGGAAGAACCAGUGGAGAAGACUAAAUUCAUUGAGGAUAUGAAUGAAUCUGAAUUGGCAGUUGCCAUGAAACUCCCGGCUGGACUGACUAAUUUGGGCAAUACUUGCUACGUUAAUGCCACAGUUCAGUGCUUGAAGUCCGUUCCGGAACUCACAGAGGCACUUAAGGCCUUCAAGGAGGAGGUGACAUCGAAUCUGGACUCGGCUAAAUCCAUUACGUGUGCAAUGCGGAGUCUCUUCAAUCAAAUGGACAUGAGCAACACGGUGACCCCAAUUAUUCUCCUUCAAACGCUUCACAUGGCUUUCCCGCAGUUUGCCCACACGGAUGAGAAUAACGUUUACCGCCAACAGGAUGCCAAUGAGUGUUGGAUUGAGCUACUCAAGAUGCUCCAGCAGAAGUUGCCACCCUCAAAGGGGGACACUGAACAGCCCAAUCGAUUCCGAUCCUUUGUGGAGCAGUACAUGGGAGGGAGUUUUGAGAUUGAAAUGAAGUGCGUGGAAGCACCGGAAGAGCCCUCAAACAUCUCCAAUGAGAACUUCCUCCAACUCACGUGCUUCAUCUCGACGGAAGUAAAGUACAUGCACAGCGGUUUGAGGCUUCGUAUGCAGGAACAGCUGACAAAGAGAUCUCCCACUCUCGGACGGGAUGCCGUGUACCAGAAGACAGCCCUCAUAAAUCGCCUCCCAGCCUAUUUAACUGUGAAUUUCAUGCGAUUCCAGUACAAGGGCAAUCAGGGAAUCAACGCAAAGGUGCUCAAAGACAUAAAGUUUCCCAUUGAUUUCGAUGCCUACGACCUGUGCUCGCCAGCACUCAAGGAGAAGCUCAAUCCCAUGCGGGGGCGUUUCAAGGAGAUCGAAGAUGCCGCCCUUGAGGGUCAGAUGAAGCAAAAGGACAAACAGGAGGGUGGGCAGCAAGUGAAAAUGGACGAAGAUGAGGAUUCAACCACCACAGCCGUUCCGUAUAGCUUCGAGGAUGAUGCUGGAAGCAAUAAUAGCGGCUACUAUACCCUUAGAGCCGUUCUCACUCAUCAGGGGCGCUCCAGCUCUUCCGGGCACUACGUUGCGUGGGUGCGUCAAAAUCGGGACACAUGGAUGAAGUUUGAUGAUGACGUCGUAACACCAAUAACAUCUGAGGACAUUCUUCGUCUAUCCGGUGGUGGAGAUUGGCACUGUGCCUACGUUCUCAUCUACGGACCACGCAUCCUACGGAUUCCAAGGGACACAAAAGCCGCUGAGAAUGUAGCUGCUGCUGAACCAAUGGCCACGGAAGAGACAUAGAAGGGACACUCGUAUCACAGCACAAUGCUUUUUCCAUACUAAUUUUAUAUUAUUAUUAUAAAAAAAAAAGAAGUCGAAAAUCUGCUGUAGAAUAAACAGAAAACAAUCAAUUCAA